CCCAGGCCAUGCACUGACCCCUCUCCGCCACCAUGCCCCGAAAAAUUGAGGAAAUAAAAGACUUUUUGCUUACAGCCAGGCGAAAGGACGCCAAAUCUGUCAAGAUCAAGAAAAACAAAGACAAUGUGAAGUUCAAGGUUCGCUGCAGCAGGUACCUGUGCACUUUGGUCGUCACAGACAAAGAAAAGGCAGAGAAACAGUCCCUGACUCCUGGUUUGGCUGUGAAGGAGCUGAAGUGA